AAUUGACAAAAGGUGGGAAGAUCAAAUGAGUAGGCCCUUUCACUAUGCUGCAUAUUGGUUGAAUCCCCAAAUUCACCAUUCUCAUGGUAUGGGAUUUAACUAUAAUGAUCCAAAGGUGAAAGUAGCUUUGUAUGAAUGUGUGAGUAGAGUUGCAAAGGAUGAUGAAGAGAAGUUUAGGAUUAUGGAACAGUUGCAUGUAUUUCUUCAUGCUCAAGGCAUGUUUGACAAAUAUGGUGCAAUGACCUUAAAGGAUAGGCAUCAUCCUGCUGAUUGGUGGACUUCAUUUGGAGAUGAAGUGCCAGAGCUUCAAAAAUUUGCCAUCCGAGUGUUGAGUUUGACUUGUAGUGCUUCUGGGUGUGAGCGCAAUUGGAGUGCAUUUGAGAGGAUUCAUACUAAGAAAAAGAACAGCCUUCAAACACAAAAGAUGAAUGAUCUUGUGUAUGUCAUGUGCAACAACAAGUUGGUGGGAAGUAAUGUCAAGAAAGCAAGAAGGCUUGAAAUUGAUUUUGAGGAUAUAGACUCCGAGAAUGAAUGGAUUUGUGGUAGUGACACUGAAGAAGAAACAUCACAAACUGAAGCUUUAGGAGUUGAUGGUGGUUAGGAAGGUCAUCAUGCUGUUGAAAUUGGUCCUACUAUUUCUAUUGGUGAGGAUGGAGGUGAUGAUGCUAUUCAUGUUGAUGGUGAUGGUGGCGAUGCUAUUCGUGUUGAUGGUGACCGCGGAUUUGAUAAUCCAUUUGAUGAUGGCGAUGACGAUGAUGAUAAUGAUGAAUUGGAUGCCAAUGUUGAAGGCG